AUGGCAGACAAGAAAGUGACUCCUCCCCUCGGUGCGUAUCCCCAACCGCAGCCCCCGCAGGGGCCCUUCUUGCCGGCCCCUCCGCACCAGGCGGCGCCUCAGUACGGAGUUGCGGGCGGUUCACCGUACGGAGUGGCGUUCGGCGGCGCAGGCGCCGGCGCCGGCGGAGUGUACGCGCCUCCGCCGUACGACCAACUCCAGCACCACCAGGCCAUCCCGGCGCUUAGUCAGCAGCUCCCGAUGUACAGCGGCGCGGCGGCGAUGUACGCGGCGGCCGCCGGGUACCCGGGGUACAUCGGCUACCCGGUGCAAUACUACCCCUACUACCCCAUGCAACCCUCCAUUCAGCCGCUUCGACCGACCAUUAUGAUUCCGAACGGCUUCGAAGCGGGCGGUCGCUUCGAGGGUCUGGCUCAGACGCUGCUGCCUCCCGCGCCCCCGACGGUGCCCCCGUCGCCCGCCCACCUCGCCGCCAUACAGCCUCAUCAAGUGCUGUGGCGUUAA